GCCGGACUCAAAAAAAAAUUCAAAGAAAGAGUUAUAUUAUUUAUAAAUCGAAAGAUUUUUUAUUCUUUCAAACUCUCAUUUAGUUUAUGCUUAUUUUGAUCAAAGGACAAACCUUUCUUUUCUUUGUAUUUUUUUUUAUUAUAUCUAUUCUAUUGAUUGAAUAAGUGAUGAUCCAAUGGUUCUUACUCAAAGAAUCUUUGGACUUAGUUUGAAGGUUUUAUUGAAUCAUCGCGGUUCUGGUAUGAAUCUGAAGUUUCAAUUGAUUCAUAGGGUCUUAACAAGAGAAUUCCUAUCAAAAAGAAAGAAAACAAGAAUAAAGCCACAUUUCAUACAAAGAACAAAUCAAAGCAAAGAAAAAUAAAUAAGUAGGUAAAUAGAAGAUUCAAGAGGCCUGUAACGAUCAACAUAAAGACGACUGCGCCGACUUGAUUUUUUGGCAUUAUAAUUACAACUACAAAAAAGAGCUUUCGGAUUUUCACUCUUUUGUGUCUUCAGAUAAAAUUGAAUGAAAAGAUUAAGAAGUUUCAAACUUUCUAUUCCAUAUCCGUUUCAGCUAUUACUUGGUUGUUUUUGUUUGAGCUGUACGAGAUGAAAUUCUCAUAUACGGUUCUCGGGGGGGGUCCUCUUGUUACCUAUCUCAAUAAAGUCUAUGAUUGGUUCGAAGAGCGCCUCGAAAUUCAGGCGAUUGCAGAUGAUAUAACUAGUAAAUAUGUUCCUCCUCAUGUUAACAUAUUUUAUUGUCUAGGAGGAAUUACGCUUACUUGUUUUUUGGUACAAGUAGCUACAGGAUUUGCUAUGACUUUUUACUAUCGUCCAACCGUUACUGAGGCUUUUGCUUCUGUUCAAUACAUAAUGACUGAAGCUAACUUUGGUUGGUUAAUCCGAUCAGUUCAUCGAUGGUCGGCAAGUAUGAUGGUCUUAAUGAUGAUCCUGCACGUAUUUCGUGUCUAUCUCACUGGUGGUUUUAAAAAACCUCGCGAAUUAACUUGGGUUACAGGCGUGGUUCUGGGUGUGUUGACCGCAUCUUUUGGCGUAACAGGUUAUUCCUUACCUCGGGACCAAGUUGGUUAUUGGGCAGUCAAAAUCGUAACAGGCGUUCCGGACGCUAUUCCGGUAAUAGGAUCGCCUUUGGUAGAGUUAUUACGUGGAAGUGCUAGUGUGGGACAAGCCACUUUGACCCGUUUUUAUAGUUUACACACUUUUGUAUUACCCCUUCUUACUGCUGUAUUUAUGUUAAUGCAUUUCCUAAUGAUACGUAAGCAAGGCAUUUCGGGUCCUUUAUAGAGAAUAUAGACCAUAGCUAUAUUGUAACCAAUAAUUUAUCUUAUUACUUGGGGGAGGAACAAUAGUAUUUCAUUGCUACAAAUAUGGAUUAUUGAAAAAAAAAUAAGACAUGUAUUUGGAUAUUUCCUUUCAACUACAACAAUAUUCUAUUAUUUAUUUGAUAUGACAUGAAUAGUUGAAGGGAAUUCCCCGAAGAAAA